CCCUCCCUCUUCUCGACAAGCCCCCUCCGCAGCCUUAUCAUAACCCCCUACCCACAACCACCAUCCAACAAACCUUCCGCCAACCAAACUACCUCAACCCUAAAACCCAAAUCUACAGAAACUCAACAAUGUCUCCCCUUUUUAUCCGCAACUUCUCCCAUCGCGCAAGCAGAAUCUAUAGAUCCCCUCGCACCAUUAUGAUGUACUCCUAUCUUGUUGCGGGCUUCUCCCUCCCUUUCGCCCUCCCCGUCGCCAAAAAACUCUCCGCACAGAACAACAACGGUGGUGGUGAUAUCUCUCUCUACCAUUGCUGCCGUUGAGCUCCGGAAAUUGAGUGGAGAAUGAAUGGGCAGAAUAUUAUAUGACGGAGGCGCAACGCAUGCAUUUUCGGACAGAGGAGUUUGGGAUUUUUUUUUUUUACAUGAUGUUUCUUUUGCCUUUACCUUUACAUUUCUGAACACCACGGAGGGGAGGUUUGGUACCGGUAUUCAAAUUACAGACGCGCGAACGAUAGAUUUGUAGCCGAGACUCGGCAAUACUAAUAUAGUCGACCAUUCACUCUA